UUUGAAGUCCAGUUCCGUCGUCUCUCUCUCUCUCUCUGGAAUGUUUGAGUUUGGGGAUGAACUCAUAAUAGACAGCUACAGGAUUCCAUGGCUGAUAUGGAUCCAGCUACUAGUUAUGUUUCUUCUCGUUAUAUUGCUUUAUUAUUUCUCCACUACGCCUUCUGAUCUCUCCCUCCACUUCUCCACCGCCACUGCCACUGCCACCGCUUCGCCGUCAGCCACCGGUCUAUCCUACCAUCGCUCUUUGCUCACUUCCACCGCUGCAAACAAUCAGCACAAUUCUAAGGAUAGAGAAAAGGAAAUCAAAGAGACAGGGACGAGCACAAGUGAAGUAGUGCAGAGAACAAAUAAACCAGAUGGUCGACACAGGGAGGGCUCAUCCACAACAGUCGAGGGCGAUGGCUUGAUGUUUGAACUUCCGCACCAUCCUUGUAAUUUCUUUGGGGUUGCAAAACAAGCGUUUCUCAAGUGCUUGGGUUUCGAUUCCUCACCAGAGAACCCCACUAGGAGACGACACGAGAAAAAUGAUUGACAACGUAUGCCCCCUCUCUUCGUCUCCUUAUGAAUGUACAGCAUGCUUUCUUUUUCUGUUGUUCCAACGAGCUAGAAAACACUAACCGUAUCCUUGGUUAGAUCGGUUAAACUCUGAUUGUCAAUUGUAACAUUGUAGCAAUCGAUUUAGGACUAGUUUUGAUGCAUUUGGUCUUGGAUGAUUGGAUCAAAGCUUGCUUACAUGAUCGUCGAGCGUGGCUCUCAGUUCUGCCCCCCCAAUCAAAACGCAUGAUAGAUCAUUUAAUAUAUAAAGUGACGAUAUGUUAAGAGG